AUGAAUCAGAUUCUUGAUCCAGCUAUUCGUCUAUCUGCUACUGAUAUUGAACAAACUUUCACAAAUAUAAAAUAUGGACAGGUGAUUUGCAUGGUGGAUUCUUUUGACUCUUACUAUGUGAGAUAUCGCGUCUUUUCAAUUCCAACAAAAUUUCAUCGUCUCGAAGAUAUUAAAAAUAAUAUUCCAAAUGUUGUAUUUAAUUCUGUUACUCAUUUGAAAUUAUGGGACACAAAUGCAUUCAAACAUGAAUUUUCCGUUCGAAUUGCUCAAGCUUUUCCGUUUCUUAAAGGUUUAUCUAUUACCAAUACACAUCAACCAUUUUGGCCGUGUAAUGAACAUCAUCUUCGAGACAAAGAUUGGUGUUCAAUUAUUGAAUACCCGUAUCUUACUUUUCUUGACGUGAAACGUGUGAAUCCUUAUUAUCUUGAACAUCUUCUUAAUGAAACGAAAACACAUCUGCCUAGUUUAACAUAA